CACUGACUGGCACUGAUGCGCACUGAUAGGCACUGAUAGGUGGCACUGAUUGGCAGCACUCAUAGGUGGCACUGAUUGGCAUUGGUAGGUGGCACUGACUGGCACUGAUGGGUGACAUUGAAAGGCAGCUCAGAUGGGCACUGAUAUGUGGCAUUGAUGUGCACUGGUAUGCACUGAUAUGUGGCAUUGAUGUGGCACUGGCACCUGGCACUGAUGGGCACUGGCACGUGGCACUUCUGGGGCCACAUUGAUCAUCAGGGCACACUGGUCAUCAGUGCCCUGAUGAUCACCGAUAACCGGAAUUUCCGUGUUUACAUGUGAUCAGCUGUGAUUGGA